AUGCCUGACGUAACAGUAAUCAAUAACCUUACCGAAGAAAUCCAUGUUGCUUUCUUCUUAGGCGUCCCUACCAAUUGGAAAAAUCAGCUCAAGCCCGGAGAACGUUGGACAACGCACCUCGCCAGCCUCCCGCAUCGUUUUGAAGCGCGCUCUGUGACGGAGAGUCGCGAGUUCAGUCGCGAUGAAUCCAUGGAGAUGCUUGCAACCAUCGGAGGCGCUUGCGCUGCCGGUACUGCUUCUGUAGUUACAGGGGUUGUUGGCAUACCCGCUUCAGUGCCGCUUAUGGCUAUUGCGAAUGCUGGUGGUGCAAAAUAUGGUGGAUGGGGUGCACAUGGGAGGAAGUGUACCGCGAGAGUGUGGGUGCCAUUGUGGCACCAUCGGGAGUAUUCAGUUAGAGUGGUUGAUGGGAAGUGUGUUCUAUGGGAAGUCGGUGCUAAUAGAUUGGUCUAA